AUGUGCAGAAGAAAGGUGUUCUGCUUCAUCCAUCUGAGUGUUCAGGAGUUUCUGGCUGCUCUUCAUGUCCAUCUGACCUUCAUCAACUCUGGACUCAAUCUGCUGGAAGAAAAACAAACAUCGUCAAAGAAAUCAAAAUUAUUUGUGAAACAAAGACAUUUAAUAUCUCUCCACCAGACUGCUGUGAAUAAAGCCUUACAGAGUCCAAAUGGACACCUGGACUUGUUCCUCCGCUUCGUCCUUGGUUUUUCACUGCAGACCAGUCAGACUCUCCUACGAGGUCUGCUGACACAGACAGGAAGUAGCUCACAGACCAAUCAGGAAACAGCCCAGUACAUCAAGGAGAAGCUCAGUGAGAAUCUGUCUGCAGAGAAAAGCAUCAAUCUGUUCCACUGUCUGAAUGAACUGAAUGAUCGUUCUCUAGUGGAGGAGAUCCAACAGUCCCUGAGAUCAGGAAGUCUCUCCACAGCUAACCUGUCUCCUGCUCAGUGGUCAGCUCUGGUCUUUAUCUUACUGUCAUCAGAAGAAGAUCUGGAUGUGUUUGACCUGAAGAAAUACUCUGCUUCAGAGGAGGCUCUUCUGAGGCUGCUGCCAGUGGUCAAAGCCUCCAGCAAAGCUCUGCUGAGUGUCCCUGACCUCUCAGACAGAGGCUGUGAAGCUCUGUCCUCAGUUCUCAGCUCCCAGUCCUCUAGUCUGAGAGAGCUGGACCUGAGUAACAACAGCCUGCAGGGUACGGCAUUGAAGUUUCUUUCUGCAGGACUGAGAAGUCCACACUGUAAACUGAAUGCUCUGAGACUGAGUCACUGUCAGUUCUCAGAGAGAGGCUUUGAAGCUCUGUCCUCAGCUCUCAGCUCCCAGUCCUCUAGUCUGAGUGUGCUGGACUUGAGUAACUUUGACCUGCAGGAUUCAGGAGUGAAGUUUCUGUCUGCUGGAGUGAAGAGUCCACACUGUAAAUUGGAAACUCUCAGGUCAGCAUUUACAUUUUUCCAUUGUUGAUAAUUUCAAACCUGAUAGUGCUGCACGAACAGCAACUU